GUAAGCUUCACUUUUCAUCAAGUGCAUCAUGAACUUAUACUGUAUAGGGCACCCAAAAAACUUACCAAGCGUCCGCUUUUUGGAAGAAGAACAAACAGUGUAUCCGAUAGUGAAUCUGAAUAUGAAGGACCACUUAAUCUAUUGACAGCCAAAAAGCCUUUUAAGAAUAAAAUGACAAAGACAGCAAAAAAGACAAAGAAUCUAAAACAGAUCUUGACGAUGGAACGCGAACAACAAUAUGCUCUUGAUGUACCUACUUAUGAAAACAUUGAAUGUCCACCUUCUAUUUUACCUCAAAAGAAGUAUUGUGAUAUUACGGGUUUGGAAGCUAAAUACACAGAUCCCAAAACUGGUUUGCGAUACCAUAAUGCAGAAAUCUAUCAAUUCAUUCGUACAUUAGGCGUACCUAAUGUGCAAGCUUAUUUAGGUAGUCGUAAUGCUGCUGUUGUAUUGAAAUAA